CACACACACACUCACAUGUUCGAAUCCACGUUGUUUACAUCAAUCGGGCAGCGUUCAGCGUGCGGCGGAUUAUUCCAGAAAUUUGCAGAACUUUUCGAAAUCCUUGCCCAACCUGUGCGCCGACUGGCCCCACAAACAUGGAGACAAUAACCGAACAAAGUGCCGUUUUCCCAAAGCUGAACGUGGACGAGGAACCGGAGCUUGGAGCAACCGAGAUCGAAUCCAUGUGCAUGAGUUGUCAAGAGAACGGCAUUACGAGGCUGCUGCUGACGCAAAUUCCGUUUUACAAGGAGGUGGUCAUCAUGUCGUUUUCCUGCGAGCACUGCGGAUAUGAAAACAACGAGAUACAGCCGGGUGGCGAGAUCGCCCAGAAGGGCAUCAAGAUUUGUACGCAGAUAGCAACGGCUCGGGAUCUUAAUCGACGCGUGAUCAAGUCCGACUUUUCCUGCGUACGGAUAGAGCAACUCGAUUUCGAGAUUCCAGCCCAGUCCCAGAAGGGCGAGGUGACGACGGUUGAGGGUAUAAUCGAUCGCGUGGUGCGAGGUCUGGAGCAAGAUCAACCGGUUCGUCGGAUACAGCAUCCUGACGCGGCCUCGCAAAUCGAUGAUUUUAUCAGCAAUCUGCAGUCACUGAAGGAGCUUAAGGAACCGUUCACUCUUACGAUAUCGGAUAUUUCUGGCAAUAGCUUCGUGGAAAACCCAAACGCCCCGCAACCAGACCCGGCUACCACGAUUACACACUUUCAGCGAACGAAGGAGGAAAACCAUCUGCUCGGGAUUUUCACGCACGAUGAAGUGGCCGAUAAGCCGGCGGUGGCUGGUGGUGAUUCGAAGCUUGAACCUGUCCCCGAGGAGGUAGACAGUCUGUUGAAACCCAUCCGGGAAGGUGCCUGGACUCUGGAGGAGUUGCAAGGAGAGGUGCUGCAGUUCAAGACACAGUGCCCCGAAUGUUCGUCGGAUUGUGACACCAACAUGAAGGUGACCACGAUACCGCAUUUUAAGGAGGUCGUCAUAAUGGCCACGGUUUGCGACAAUUGUGGUUUGCGUACGAACGAGGUGAAACCGGGUGGUGGUAUCGAGGAACAGGGCGUCAAGAUUGAGGUAACCGUUCGCGGUCGAAUCGAUUUUGCUCGCGACGUACUGAAAUCCGAGUCGUGCAGCUUGCACAUCCGCGAGCUGGAGUGUGAGGUGGGUGCGGGAGCACUCGGUGGUCGCUUCACUACGAUCGAGGGAUUGCUGACGGCGAUGCGCGAACAGCUGGUGGAGAGUACGGGUAUGUUUAUGGACUCCAACGAUGCUGAAACUCGCGAUCGUAUGGAUACGUUUUUUGGACACCUGGAUACCGCGAUUGCGGGCAACAAGCAGUUGACGAUCGUACUCGACGAUCCGACUGGCAACAGCUACGUGCAGUCCCUGAGCGACGACGGUACGCCCGAUGAAGCGCUCCGUAUUAUCCGAUACCAUCGUUCAUUCGAACAGAACGAGGAGCUUGGGCUGAACGACAUGAAAACGGAAAACUACGGCGAGGAAGCGCUCACCGAGGAGCAUGCUGGUAAAGGAGACAGUUAAUCAUCUUCAAGAUGAUGGUACAAAAUAUACGUAUGCUAAGCAUUUUAAUGUGAAAAAGCCUUACUCGACUAAUGUGCUUUGUUCUCGCUAUUACUUCUCUGGCACUCCUGCACCGGCCUGAUUCGCGUUUUCUGUCUCCUCCCGGAUAACCGUUUCUCCGUCUAGCUUUUUCAACGAAAGCAACCGCUUGCUCGCUUCUGCUCUCCAGAUGCUUUCUUCCAUUGAUUCCACCAGCGGAUUGCCGGCAAACAGUAGAUCCUCCAGCAUCGGCAGGUCGGCCAAUCGGUUGAACUCUACCCAAUCCUUAACGAGAUUGUUGCUCAUGUACAGCACCUUCAGACGCUUCAGCACGCUGAUGCCUUUCAGCUUCUCGACCAGGUUGUAACUAAUCCACAGCUCCUCGAGCGUAUCACUGACUCCUUCAAGACCGGAAAUGGCCUUGAUGUAGUUACGGCCCAGCGAUAGGACACGUAAAUUUUUCAUUCCACUUAAACCAUAGAUUUUGUCGAUCAUGUUCGUGGAAAGGGAUAGUUUUCUGCAAAAGUGAAGAAUUUUAUUACUACAUUACUUUCGUGGUAAGGGAAAUUCACCUACUGGCAUGCCGUUAGCGUGGAAAAGGUAGUGUCCAUCUUUUCUAUCGGUGGCCACUGAAAGCAUAGGUCAAUCUCUUUUUCGUCACAAGAGUUCGUUUUGGUGCGAUCCUCGAGCCUUUUCAGAGCCUCUUUGAUCGUGGUCGCUUUAGCCAUGGUACCCAUGAUGAAUAAAAUAGAGUUACUAAAUCUUUUACUGAGUAAUUUUCCUUUCGAAAGCUAGAUCCCACUAGCUAAGCAGAGCGAAAAAAUCAAAUCAACAAACUAGGGUUGCCAAGGAGAUGAUUGUUCUAGAUUUUCUAGUUACUUUACUCUAGGUAAAAUCGGGCGAUGAAGGGCUCAAGAUUUGAUCAUCGUU